UUUUCGUGCCGACGCCGCCGCUGUUCUGAGGCAGCAGGGAGGGAGCGGUGGCGGCCGCUGGACCUUCUGCGCUCUCCUCUCUCCCUCUUCUGUCGUCUCGGCUGGGCCCCAGACUCGGGGGGAGCGCCUUCUCCGCCAUGGCCACCAGCACCACGGGCUCCACGCUGCUGCAGCCCCUCAGCAACGCCAUUCGGCUACCGAUAGACCAGGUCAACUUUGUAGUGUGCCAACUGUUUGCCUUGCUUGCUGCUGUAUGGUUUCGAACUUACCUUCAUUCAAGCAAAACUAGUCCGUUCAUAAGGCAUGUUGUUGCCACUCUGUUGGGCCUUUAUCUUGCACUUUUUUGUUUUGGAUGGUAUGCCUUACAUUUUGUUAUACAAAGUGGAAUUUCAUACUAUAUCAUGAUCAUUAUAGGAGUGGAAAAUAUGCACAAAUAUUGUUUUGUUUUUGCUUUGGGAUACCUCACUGUGUGCCAAAUUUCUAGAGUCUAUAUCUUUGACUAUGGACAAUAUUCUGCUGAUUUUUCUGGCCCAAUGAUGAUAAUUACACAGAAAAUUACAAGUUUGGCGUACGAAAUUCAUGAUGGAAUGUUCCGAAAGGAGGAAGAACUGUCGCCGUCACAGCGAUGCUUAGCUGUGAGACGCAUGCCAAGUCUACUGGAAUAUUUAAGUUACAACUGUAAUUUCAUGGGUAUCCUGGCAGGCCCAUUAUGCUCUUAUAAAGACUAUAUUACUUUCAUUGAAGGCAGAUCAUACCAAUUGACACAGUCUGAAGCAAAUGGGAAAGAAGAAAUAAAAUAUGAACAAACAGAUCCCUCUCCAAAUAUAGCUGUGGCGCAGAAACUUGUAGUGUGUGGACUAUCCUUAUUAUUUCAUAUGACUGUUAGCAAAACUUUUCCUGUAGAAUACAACAUUGAUGACCAUUUCAGAGCAACAGCGUCAUUUCCUACAAAGAUUAUCUACCUACACCUGUCACUAAUGGCUGCCAGGCCGAAGUAUUAUUUUGCAUGGACUUUGGCAGAGGCAAUUAAUAAUGCAGCUGGAUUUGGGUUUAGAGGCUAUGAUAAAAAUGGAGUCCCACACUGGGAUUUGAUUUCAAAUCUACGAAUUCUACAUAUAGAGUUUUCAACAAGUUUCAAGAUGUUUCUUGAUAACUGGAAUAUACAGACAGCGCUUUGGCUCAAAAGAGUAUGCUAUGAGCGAGCCUCUUUCAGCCCAACAAUACAAACCUUUAUCUUAUCAGCCAUUUGGCAUGGGGUAUAUCCUGGAUAUUAUUUAACAUUCUUAACAGGGGUACUAAUGACACUUGCCGCACGAACAAUUAGAAAGAACAUUAGAAAUUAUUUUAUUGAUUCUCCAGCCAAUAAAUUAUGUUAUGAUAUCAUGACAUGGAUCACAACUCAAAUAGCAAUAAGUUACACAGUUGUACCGUUUGUACUUCUCUCCGUAAAACCCUCUUACAUAUUUUACAGUUCCUGGUAUUUCUGCCUCCAUAUUGCCUGCAUUUUAGUGCUGUUGAUGUUUCCAAUGAAAAGAACUCAAAAAGGAAGUAAAGAGCAAGAAAGCAUCCAGCCUUCAUGGUCCAGAAAGCAAGAAGAAGAAAAAGAAAAGAGAAUUACGGGACAUAAUAGUUAUUCUGUGGCAAAUAGCUUCAAUCAAAGAAGAGAAAUCACCUCCAGAAAUACCGCAACAAAACAAUGAUUACAGAUGCUAUAGAUGCUAUAUUUUAUAUUUUCAAGACCAUUUAUAGCACCUUUUAAAAGGGGUUUGUAUUUGUCUGAAAAGAUGGUUAGUAAGAAAAGAAUGCUAUAUCUCUAGGGAAUAUACUAGUAAGAUGAAAACAAAGCAAAUUAACCACUCCCGUGCCAUGUUCCUGUGGAUCACGCCUUAUAUGGAAAUAUUACCAUUAUUUCAGCGGGCACUCAGGACCAACAGCGUAUGUCAUCGGUGUGCCCCUAUGUUGAAUGUACAUUGUAAAUCCCUAGGCACUGUGGGGGUAGGAAACAGUUGUGUCAAUCCAGAAUACCAGAAGGAAAAUAUCUUGCAUUGCCUUAAACCCUCUAUCUACUGAAAAAGUAAUGUUUCUAAAUAGUAUUUUCAUGUUUAGUAUAAUAUAUUUGAAGUAUAAUUCAAAAGUAAGCUUUGGAUUCUGAGGGACAAAGCAAGAGGAAUGGAAGCAGAAAGCCACACUGUCUGAAGUGAAAAGAAGGAACCACAGUAAGCACCUCUCUCAGCAUCUGGAGGGUUUUCUUAGCGUAUCAGAUCUGUACAAUGUUGAACUGAAAGCAUUGCAAAUGCCAAAUUAUAGUUGGUUUGUCUGAUAAGAACUGUGAUUAAAGGAAAGCCCUCUGACAACUUUUUUAAAACAUUAAAAGUCAUCCUCUCUAGAGUCAAAUGUUUUAAUUUAAUUUUGCUCUUCUGGAUGAGUAAGCUUUGCAGCAGCCAUCACAAGAGUGCAUGGAAUUCCUAUUCAAUUCCUGUAGCUUUCCAAUAAAAUUCCUCUUUCUUAUCGUAUAGAAAUCAUUUCACAGGGCGAGCUUAAGAUAAAAUCACUAGUAAAGAUUGAUCAGAUAUAGAAUUAGUAUGAAAAGGUGCUUACGAUGGCCACUUUACCUUAUGGUUAUAAUUCAGUUUAUAUUAAACAAAGAGUGAAAUUGUUAAAUUGGUACUGUCUAGUUAAACAACAUAAAUCCUGUAACACCAGAACACCUGUGGUUUAGGAAAAACUAAAGCAGGAUGUAAUAUAUGGAGAUCAUUAGAGUAACAUUUGAUAAAACUUUCCCAACCAAAUCUUUUGUUCCAUAAUUUUAGCUUGAAAAUUUAUCAAGGGAAUUGAUAAAUAUUAAUCACCUUCUGGUGAAAAUUUACAGUUGGUAAAGAAAUUAUGUGCUAAAGGGCUAUAAUUUUCAUUUGUUUGCUUGCAUAUCUGUUAGAUUUCUUAGUGAAUGGAAAUGUUUUCUUUGAAAUACACAGAAAGUGACCCAGAAUAAGAAAUGAAAAAGGAGGUUUAAUUAUUAUUAAAAUAAGCUGAUUUUUCAUUCCUACUUUGUUUUAUAACCUAGACAUUAUGCAGUGCAUGUCCAAAUAUUUUAUGAACCCAGAAAAAUAGUAUUUAGCUCCUUGCUGCUGUCAGGAACAUAGCAAAGAAAUGAUACAGAAAUUUCAGUUGACAUUUCAAGUCAUCGUAAGUUUGAUCUUCCAAUCUGUCCUUCAGUGAAAAAUAAGAGAUAUUUCUUGUUUGGAGUGUCCAUUCUGUUCUGCUACCUGCCUUCACUGAGAACUAGAGACAGGUGCGUUUUGUUGGAGGAAACUGAUGUGGUAGAAUGGGGUGUUCAUUUGGAGAACAGGUAGCUGCAUGUUAAAAAGGGCUUCCAUGUUGGUGGAAAUGAACAUUGGCAUUAGCAGAAGUAGGCUUGCUGUUAUCUCCUGAAGUCACAUAAGCACAAAAGCUCUUUUUGUUUAUUGCAGAACAUGAAUGGAGCGACAUGCAGACAGGACUUUAUCAUGGUUUUCUUUGUGCCAAAUUACCUCUCCCCGCCCCGCAAAUUCAAAUACACAAUGGAAACUCCAGCUGUGUGUAUAUAUGAAGUCUGCUGCAUGCAGAGUUUUGCACUGUAUGAGUACCAGGAAGAAACUACUUGGGGUACAUGCCAUGGGGUGAAGUUGGUUAAUAUAGUAUGCAGUGAUACUUUGUUGUAACCACUUUCUAUAAUGACUGAACAUGGCUGCCCUGUUACUUAGUUAGCAUAUUAAAGACAUCUGUGGCUCUUCAUGGUAAAGAGGAAGAUACAUACCCAGGUAGUCCCCAGGUUAAGAACGCUCAGUUUACAGAUGACCACAGUUAUGAAUGGAGCCUAUUGUAGCAAACUGAGUUAAAUACACAAUGAUUUGAGUUCAAUACACAAUAGUUUGAGUUAA